CCAAGAUCCAACAUGGCGGACAGUGUGACAGCUGCAGUUGCUUCUCAAGUGCCAUUUUACGACUUUUGCUCGUUAUUGGAAAAAAUAUCAGGUACAUCAGGCACUGAAAAGAAAAAGAAGAUUUUAACAACGUUUCUAAAUUCAUGGAGGGAAGCCCAUGGGAAACUCCAUGGUUCAUCAAAAACAGUUGAGUACUUUUUAUGUAGUGACCCCUGAACAUAACUGCCGGGAGGGGCUGGGGUGAACUGUCACUGUCCUCAUGUAGCCCCAUUCCUAUUCUGGUUUAUUCUGUGGCCAAUUUGUAGACAGUAUCAGCUAUGGGGCCCUUGCACAAGAUGCCUAUACAGAGUCACAUGGUACAAAAGACCUUGCUGGAGGGCGAACAAUGCAGUGGCACCUUAAAAAGAAAAAGCUUUUUGAAUGAUGUAAUCUCUUUGUUUUUUCCCCCACUGCAUUGUUUUCCAUACACCAUUGAAGGUGUUUUUGUCCCAUGUGACUGGUGCAAAGGGACCAUUAUGUAGCUGCGACAUGCAUGGCAACAUAGCGGCGACUUUGUCAAAAUCAGUGCAAUAGAGUCCUCGACCAUACCCCUAACAGUACACCAUCUAUGCCACCCAUUUCAGUUACAGCUACUUGUAUCGCUAAGCUAUUAGAUAACCUAAACCCACACAAGGCCGCUGGGCCUGAUUGCCUUUCUCCCAUGGUCCUCCGCGAGCUCUGCUCAUUAAUAGCACCAGCCCUUCAGAAGAUCUUCAGUAAGUCGCUAUCAUCUCACCAAGUACCAGAGGCCAGGAAAAAGGCCUUGGUAACACCCAUCUUUAAGAAAGGCGAUAAGGACACAGUCUGUCAAACUAAAGGGUGUUACGAAAACUAAGACCCUUAAAAACUAAGACCUAAGACUCGUCUUAGUUUUCUAGAUUACAAAAACUAAGACCCCCUAAAAUCGAAUCUGUCGAGAUAUGAAGUCAAAAUGUAACCGAAAUAGGUCUAAUCUGUCAAAUUGUCUUCUGUCCGAUUCUUUCCACCGAGUUUUAGGUUAAAUUUAACAUUAAAUGUAGGGGUCUUAGCUUUUGUAAUUUCGAAAACAAAGACUCCUCUUACUUUUUGUUAUUACGAAAACUAAGACCCCCUACAAAGCCAAUCUGUAAAAUAUACAUGAAGUCGAACUACGACUGUUCAAAGACUAUAAUCCGUAAAACAACCAAAAACUAUCAUCUGCGUACUUGGAGGCAAUUCCGAGUAUUGAGGCUAAAAAAGAGGAUGAAAGACCAUAGACUACCUGUGUAUAAUUGUACACUGAAAAUAUGCCUUACCCUGCCGAUUGCUCUGACUAUAAUUUUGGUUGUUUAUCCUUAAAAAUCGUAAACUUGGCUUUCCACGUGCUGGAGAUGGAUUUCUCCCUUCGUGUCUCUGCGACUGUGAUUGGCACGUUACCUAAAAAUCACCCAAGGGUUGUUUUGUUUUGAUUGUUUGUUUAUUUGUCUAAUUUAACCUUCUUAACAUACAAAUAGCAUAUGUAGAAGUUGUACAUAGCCAAGUAAUUUUCUAGGUUAAUGUUCAAUAUAUAGUUUUGUUCCUUUCUCUCUUACUUAACUUUUAUUUUACUUUAUUUCAUUUGUUGUCAUAUUGAUUGUUUUGGUACUGCCCGGGGCACUGAAAUCUUCAUGUCGAAGAUAAAAUCGUCUUUAUUUAAUUUUUUUCUGAAAUUAAAACACAAAAUUUUCAAGAUGAUGCCUUGCUAGUGCAGGAAAUUCAUUCAUUCAUUCAUUCAUUCAUUUUUUAUUUAAAAGUGAUUGUAACCAGUAUCCUUCACAGACUAUUUCUCCUUGCCCCUACCCUACCCCUCAACUACCCUUACAUUGUAACUUUUCACCUGGUUUCUGGUGAUCUCCAGGGUGGCAACAAUAGAAAUAAACUCUUGAAAAUGCAAUGUAGUAUAUACUCUUUUAUUCGCCCUUUUUGAGAAAGAAUUUUUCUGGCUAUGGCCUGAACAGAAAAGGAAAAAACCUGUACUUUUGUGCAAUGUUUAACUGAUAACGCUGUUGACCACUUGAUGAUUGGAAGCAAUUAACAGUAUAUUAAGGUAACGCCAUCAGGUCACAGCAACAUGUCAGCCGGCAACGAAGGCAAAAGGCUGAUUUUACAAUUUUUAAGGAAAAAACAUUAAUAGACCAGUUGGUGGGGUAAGGCAUAUUUUCAGUGUACAAUUAUACAUAGGUCAUGGCUUUCAUCCUUUUUUUUUCUUCAAAUUUUUAGAAGCAGAGUGUCAGUGUGCGGAUGAUAGUUUUUGUUGUUUUACAGAUUGGUUUUGUGGGGGUCUUAGUUUUCGUAACGACGAAAACUAAGAGGGGUCUUUGUUUUUGAAAUUACAAAAACUAAGACCCCUAAAUUUGCCGUUAAAUUUGACCUAAAACUAGGUGGAAAGAAUCGGAAAGAAGUUAAUUUGACAGAUUGGACCUAUUUCGGGUACAUUUUGACUUCAUAAGCUAAGCUGUUUCUGGGGAGUUCUGAUUUGCAGUCUCUCAGUGUAAUAGUGUAUGUAAUACCUUUCAACAAGAGCUUUAUUUAGAUGAGACACUCUUUAGGUAAUUUCCAUUGAUACAAACAUGUCUGCUGGGUUUUCUAGUAUCCAUAAGUUAACAUAAAAUAAUAUUUUUUUAAUUUGUAGACUGACUCAUUCUACUCAGCCAUGCGACUCCUGUUGCCCCAGUUGGAUAAAGAACGAGGUGCUUAUGGGAUAAAAGAGGUAAGGCUAUUAAUGACAAUUCUGUCAUCAAAGCUACAGAGGUGAAACAGGAACUGGCCAUAUCUGGCCACAGAGAAAUUUUCAAGGCUGUAGGUGUUACAGGUCAAAAUUAAAUUCAGGUUAAAAUUAUUUAACUUAGGGUGAUUCCUUAUUUCUUUAUUCGUCUAGCCCUAAUUAUUAAUGAAUUAGGACUCAAAGAGACAAAGGAAAUUGUAAAUCAACUUGGGUUAAAAAAUUUAACCUGAAUUUAAUUUUGACGUUUAGACAUAGAUUUCUUAAAACGACAUGUCACCCUUAGAUUUUGUCAGGCAAAACUGUAUGGCUAGACAUCAAUUAUUGUUGAACUACAGUGUUCAUCAUUCUUGUGGAGAAACACUUAAACAUUAGACUAAAAAUGAACUUAUGGACAAAACCCAGGCAAGAAGUCCAAUGCAUUACUAUAAAUACGAUAACUAACCAAGCAGGGGUAAAAAGGGAGAUAAUUGUCAAAGGAAAGAAUACAUAUGGCAGAGAUAGGAAAUUAAAACCAAGAUCAUAAAUGGAGCUGUUGCUAAAAGAAAUAUUACAGAAGAUAAUGAUAAAACUACACAAAGGAAGUUUAAAAAGGGACACCUCGCUUCUUUUAGUCAAUGGUAUUGUUUUGUUGUUGUUGUUGAAAGGUUGUUCUGGCUAAGUACUACAUGGAAAUACUAAGCAUAGGAAAGGAUACUGCUGAUGGACGAAAACUUUUAAACUACAGAGCUCCAAAAAAUGUCAGACAGGUACGUGUUCCAACUCAGCUGACAAUUGAGUUUACUUACACUUAAAAUGGUCAUGCAGGGGAAUCUUGAUUGUGUGAACCCCUGAGGAGAGGAAAACUUUUGAGACUAUAAAAAAACGUUGCAAAAAAUGAAAGGGGAGGGGAGGGAAAGGUAGUUUUAGUUUACUACAAUAGGAUAGAGAAAUCAGCCAGUACUAUAUUUUACUAUAUAUCAUCAUUUAACAAUUAGUCGCGGAAGGUGGCGUGAGUAUCGGCGAAUAGUCACCGAGACGAAGUUGAGGUGACUAUUCACGUAUAUUCACAUUGCCUCAGGCGACUAAUUGUUUUAGCAUAAUUACAGUGAUGAUUAUUCGAGAAAAUGAAAUAUUAUUCAUCAAUUUGUGACUCAGAAACAUCAACAAAUCUGGCUGCCAUUUUGAAAACUGCUAGCCUUCAAUGUUAUAAUCACAGCACGAUGAAUAAAGUGGGAUGAAGCGAAGCUCCUAGCCAAUCAUAGCGCUCUAUUUUCGAUAAUCAUCAAUGUAAUAUACUAAAAGCAAAUGAUCCUGUAUGAUAGCUUACACCCCAAAAGCAAGGAAGGGAAGGGGUUACUACUGUAGGUGGACAGAGUCUAAUGUAACCAUGGUUAUAUCAUGAUAUUACCAAGGACAUUUGGGUGAACCCUAUCAAUGUCAUUGACUAUGUCAGACAUCAUCUGUUGUUAGGUGGUAGUGGCUUUACUUUAACUGUGUGACUAUUCAGAGAAUUUGACCCCCGCCCAUGACUUUUUCCAUCACAUCAUAAUUAUAAUUAAGUUAAUGUGUACGUGUACAAAUGUAUAAGUGGAAGAGUUUUACAUGAUCAUACAUUGUACAUCUUAGCAGUGAUUUUGUUACAAUUUGCUAUGGUGAGUGAUGGGACUCAUGUCAAAUAAAAUCAUGAGUCAUGAUCCCAAAACCAACGAUUUUAUUGUAGGAGUAUUUGAACAUAAAAGUUUUUGUUUGUUCACUCAGAACUUUUAACGUCUGGACCCUUGACUUACAGUAACAAACAGGAUAUUCUUCAAGAUCAUCUUCAAGUUGUUCAUGAUCAACUGUUCUUUGCAUCCUUCAGGUUGCAUGACAUUAAUUAUUUUGCAUCUUUGGGGGUUUUAUGCACCAGGAAUGUUCGCACAGGGAUAACAAAAUCACUGCUUAAAAUUGUUGCAUUAAUGUAGAGGAUCUUAGUUUGUCAACUGAAUAGUUACAUUUGACUUUAUCCUUUAACAUUUGAUAGGAUUCAGUUGCAGACUUUGCCAGUGUGGCUUAUUUUGUGUUAAAAAACCGGUGUCCUGAAAGAGGAAGGUGAGUAUUGGCUCCUUUUAAAGGAUUCAAAUUUUGAGUCAGAGAGUGAUAUGUUUUCUUAAAACACUGCAGUUUUUGUAACAAUGGAAGAUCAGUGAGCCUCUUCUCACAGGGUAACUAUUUGUAAUGAGAUUUGUUUGGAGGUAUGUUUGCUUUUCAUAGUGCUUUCUAGCCCUCUUAGGAAGGAAAUAAAUUAAAAAGAGCCACAUUUCUUUCAAAACUAACCUAAUUGAUAAUACUGUUUUCCAGUUUGAGAAUUGACCAGGUGAAUAAGUACCUUGAUCAGGUGGCACAAUCAAAUGUUGAACACAAACGUGAAGAUGUCAAAAAAGUCCUACAACUUCUUCUGAGGAACACCAGUGCCCUUGAACAGGUAUUAAUUUGAAGUAACUCUAAAUCUGCAAUCUUUUUUAAAAGUAAAAGGGUUUUGGACAUUUUUGCCUCAUUCUUGACAUUUCUUUGUGAUUUCAGAAGUGGCUAAUCAGGAUUAUUUUUAAAGUAAGUAUGCAAAGACUGUUUGGGAUUUUGAAUAUUUAAACACAUUAACUUAUGCAAAAAUUACUUCAUUUGAGACAGACUUUUUAGUUAAGAGCACCUCCUGUGACUUCUUAUCACAAACCAUACAGCUCGCUUGUUUCAAUUACCAGUAUAAAAGGCAACCUAUUUCAUUAAUACUAGGAGUAAUCGGAGCUUAGGAGAGUGCGUUCGAUAUGUUUGUUAGGCGUACAGGUAGCAGUUGAGGGGGAAGGGUGGUUGCGAUGUAGAUAAAUAUGAUUAUGGUAUAUUUUGAACGUAAGGGUUGCGUACAGCAAAACCUCUAUUUAAACUGUGUAUCACGUUAUAAGAAGGUUUUGAAAAGAUAUCGUAUGGUACGGUGUCAAGUGCUUGUGAUCGGAGGAGACAUUGGCCAGAGUGUGUCGGGCGUGUAAGUAGAACAUUUUGUUUUGCUGGCAUGAGUUACAGGGCUCAGUUGCUAAGGCCGAUCAGGGCUUAACCCGGGAUUCUUUUUCUUUCUUCAAAAACAUUUCUUCGGAUAAUUUCCUAUGUUAUUUUUAAGAGCAUCCAAUCAUCAACUUGUUGACAAAAUGAAUUGCAUUGAAUUUACUGUUUUAAAAGCUUUAACUUCUGAAUUCAAACUUCGCACUAACCCUGUCAAAGCCUUCAAUGGAAUGUGUGUGCGGCUCACGUCAAUAACUUUUCCAGUAAUUUGGUCGAGCGUGUUGAUUUCAGUUACUCGAGAGUGGUUUAUAAGUUUUUCCUAAUAAAUAACAUAGAGUUAAUUAAAAAGUGUUCGUUUAUCCGGUGCCGAAAUAUCACAAGUCAUGAUCAAAUGGCGCUGCCGAGCCUCACAUCUCGGUAGAUUUACUUUGUGGCACAAUGGCCGCCGAACUAAACCUGGUUUGAUGCAUGCACCAGGAGUCGCAGACAUUUUCCAAAGACAGGAUGAACCAUGCGCCUGGAAAAUGUGAAGGCUUAAUCCAAAGUAAAAUUUAACCGCAAACUUCUGAAAGAUGAAUGCUUUGGACAAUUCAGCAAACACAGAUUGAUGUACGCUUUACGAAGAUUCAGCAAACUUUUUGAAAGAUGAAUGCUUUACGAAGACAGAAUAUCAGACCUCAGCAAACCUUUGAAAGAUGAACGCCGAGGACACAAGAAUCACCACAUGAGUUAGCCAGUCAAAGUGAGGCAAAAUGUAAGCAAGCACCUCAAAGCGAGGCAAAUGUGUGUCGAUGACGACGAAAAUGCAAAUCUAAAAAAAUCCCCUCUUAUUAAUUGCACAGGACACCCAGUAAUGCACAGAACACCCAACACAAAUUAGGGGUUGCAUUCUCGUACCUCAAACGCAACGAUAUUUUUCUCUUGCAGAUUAUGUACAUACCUUUAAUACCUUACUGGACUUAAUUGUCACAAGAUUAGAUGUCAUGAAAAUCAUUUUUCCAAAAAAAAAAACAGCUCUACUCAAAAUCUUAAUGCCCUUUUCAAAGAUUACUAAUAAAACAUAAAGGUACUUGUAGAAUCAUUUACAAUGAGAACAUAGAGCAUUUGAUUUACCUGUUCUAUCCUACCAUAAUGUUAUUGUGAUGUCUACAUUAAGACCCUUUUUUAUUAAUGGUAAAAUUAAUUUAAGACUAGGGGAUCUCCCUUUAGAACAUAAAAUUCCACCCUGACUUCCAGUCCUAUUGCAGGAACUUAAGACUGGUUUGAGUGAAAACUCAGUAUUCGGAGUUUACCAUCCAGAUGCCGUUGAGCUGUACAGUGUCUGUAACAGCUUAUCAAAGGUAACAAUCAUGAUAAUGUGAAAAUGAAAUGAUCAGCAUGUCAUGAGCAUGGGACAAAGAAAAAGUCUGAGUCCCUGACAGGAUUUGAACCUAUGACCUCCCAAACACUGGGCGGGCACUCUAUCCACUUGAGCUAUGAAGAACUAUCUCAUGGAGAGCAAGGCCAUAUACUCAGUGCUGUCAACUCUCCCAGAUAAUCCGGGAGACUCCCGAUUUUGAACCGUUUCUCCCUGUCUCCAGAUUAGAGUCUGAAAUCUCCUGGAUAAUUGCUGAAGUUUACAAUUUCUUGUAUAUGCGACUUUGUGUCGAUGAAAUUUCCAAAUAAUAUUUUGUGUUGUUUGAGCUAUUUAACUUUUAACAUCGAACAUUUCCUAAGAAACCCCAGUAUAUGCC